AUGGACAAGGCCGAAUUUGCUUCACAGCCGUUACAGAGCUUUCGGCUACGGAAGAAGGCAUAUCUGGCUCUGUUGCUCGCUGCGGUCGCCGCCGUCCUCCUCUUCAACACCCACAGCCAUCUCCCCGACAGCAUCCAACAACAUGCUGAUAUGCUCCCUUCGUCGCCUAUAUCCGUCAGCCUGAAUAACGAAAUCCCCAACUACGUGCACUACGUGCAACUGCAGAAGCACGAGCGGGCCAAAUUCCAUUUCGAGUUCAAGCACUUCCUCUCGGUGUACUCGUCCGUGGUCUACCUCAAACCCAAGACCAUCUUUUUGCACACGGACUUCUCGGAAGAGGCGAUCGAAAAGGUCCUCCAGAGUGACAACCCCAGGGACAAAUGGACCAGGCGUAUACUCAGCCUGAAGUCGGUCAAGGUACGCCACGUACGCGCUCCCACGGUGGCUACCGGCAACGGCAAGAAGAUCGUAGAGAUCCAACACAAGUCGGACUUCGUGCGCAUGGACGCCGUCUACGAAUUCGGCGGGCUGUACAUGGACUUUGACGUCCUCCCUCUCCGAGACAUCACCCCGCUUCGAAGGUCCGGCUUCAAGAACAUUGUGGGCCGUGAGCACGGCGGCGCCAUUAACAACGGCUGCUGGUUGUCCGCACCCAAGACGGCCAUGGUCGACAUCUUCCGAUCCGAGGCCAACGAGAUCUUCGAUGGCGGCUGGACCACUCACAGCUGCAAGCUCCUGACCAGAGUAGCAGAGCGACUUGUGCGCACCCCGUCCGAGGUCCUGAUCAUGGACAUGUUGGCCUUUGCCCCGUCAAGCUGGGUGGACAAGGACGUCGAGAGGCUCUGGGCCGUCCACAACGAGAGCGACAUUUUCCCAGAUGACGCCGUCGACUUCACCAUCCAGGACCCGUAUCUGCGCUGGAACCGACGGAGCAAGGUUGCAGAAUGGGAGAACGACUGGUCUGCAUCCUAUUUUCUGCACUCGUUCGAUCGCCACGGCAAGAUCCCAGACGAGUUCAGGCACGGAGUCCACGUCAAGGAAGUCAUGUACCCGAGAAGCAACUUUGGUCUUCUCACCUAUCCAGUUAUCAAGCAUGCAAUGGAACAUGGCCUCGUCUCCGAAGAGGAUGCCGAGGAGGGCGUCAAGGCUUAA